AGCUGGUGCAGGUUAACAAAACCAGCCACAGGGUGUGGUUCCACCUAUGCAUUAGAUUGCAUUUCCAGCCCGGGUUACGUUUCACAGGAAAUGCAAAUCGACAUAAGAGGCAGCCACCUUUGGGGAAUAUGCAAUGGAAAACAAGCGGGCUUCCUUGUAGAAACAGAAGGUGUGUCCCGUCCUUUUUUUGCAUUGAAUAUGUCAGGAAGGUGGAGCUAUAAAAAGCUGUCUCAAAGAGAGCUGCUGCACCUUACAACAUACACCUCAUACACGAGUUUUGAUAAAGGAUGCGGGGCCUCUGACAGGAUAUCUACUGAAAUCUAAUGAACUAGGACAAACCUGAGCACAGAGCCUUCCUGCAUCAUCUUGAUUCUGAACUGAGUGAGCAGUGUUGCAACAACAGGAAUGCUGCCUGAGUCUGCAGCAUCUCUGGAAACCAGCUAUACCGUCAAAAUGAUGGCAAUAGUCAAGCAAUGGGAUGUGGCAUCUGGAUGUCAUACAGACAACACUGACAAGUAUCUGAUACUUGUGCUUUCCAAGUCGGGAAUGGACGCAGUGGUCCUUUACUUAUGCUACCGGAAGCUGAAUACCUCCUUUUUAAGCAUGUGCAGCCUGUCCAUUAUCUUGGCUGAUUUGGUGAUGGUGUUUUUUAUAGCAAGCUUGUUGUUUCUUGGGCCUGCAAGGUAUCUUGGGUCACUCUGCUUCUUCUUGGCCAAUGCCUCAGCCACAUAUGGAGCAUUGCCGCUGCCCAUUAUGUGUCUAGGUUUAUUGGACUACUGUUUAGAAGUUACCUCCCUCGGCAACCAGAGUGCAUUGUGCAAACUCCUAAGGAACUUGGUUUUGACUUUGCUGGUGUGGAUCCUAGCUGUUAUUAACCCCUUUGGUUCUGUCAACUCUGAUCUGAUAGAAUUGGAUUAUAAUAAAGAGACAACACUUAUAGUGUGUGAAGUAGAGGAGUCUACACUGCUAACCUACAUGAUUUCGGGGCUUUCUACGGUGGUAAUUUGUGUAAUGCUGCCCUUUUGGUCAAUGAUUCCCAAGUGGAUGGAAAAGGCUGAGAGGUUAUCUGAUGCAAGCGAAGAACGAGUCAACCCGAGCAAGAUGUUGUUUACGUCAACCAAAGUAAACGUAACCCAAACUGGCGAGGAGAAUUACCUGGAGGAGACAAUCCAACCGUGCCCGCCUCUUUGGGCAAGCCUUAUGCUAUGCUUUGGUACAUUUUGGAUGCCUUAUCUUGCUGUGUCUGUGGCCUGUCUGAUCUGUGGUUUUGGAGUACCUUCCUACAUAACUGUUAACAUGCUGUGGUUGGAGUGCACCAACAGUUUCCUGAUGGGUUUGGUGUUCUGGAUAAAGAGCAACGAGCAAGGACCAUACAGCCAGCUCCCAGAAGGCGUGUGCAUGUGGCAUGUUUACUGGCAUUUGAGCAAAGGUACAGGACAGCAGCAACUCCCUAUAGCUGUGUUUAACCCAUCAAAAGGGAAAAGAAAAACCGUUCUCGAUGUGUAAUAGAAAAAGGAGGUCAACAAUACAUCUGUUACAUUGCAGACAGCAAGUGAAAACCAUGAUACAAGAAAUCAAAUAAAGACUAUCAUUUGUGAAUAGUUCAUCUGUGUAUAUUUAUUCUAUGUUAUUUUUUAGGCAUUUUAGGCCAUUUGGAUAGGACAGCUUAGCCAUGAAAGAGGAGAGAGAGGGGUUGUAGUGGAAAGUUUGUAUCUGUCAUACUGAUGUGUGAUCUCUUUUAUAUGUUAUCCAUUACUGCAUGAUUAUUUUACUUUUAUAUUACACUGUG